AUGGCCUCCGUCAUUCAAUCGCAAAAGACUGCCCUCAUUACUGGAGCUGCCUCGGGAGUUGGCUUCGCUAUCGCGAAGCUCUGUCGUAGCAAAGGCAUGCAUCUAGCACUUCUGGACAUUGAUGAAGAGAAUUUGACGAAGGCCAAGAGUGGGCUCAUCGACCUGGAUCCUUCACUCAAGACAGAAUCCUAUGCACUUGAUGUCGCUGAUACAGUGGCAUGGAAACAAAUCGCGCAAGAUAUCAAUAACCAGUUUUCAGACAUCGAUCUGGUUGUACUUAAUGCGGGCAAGGCUUAUAAGCCAAAGGAAGCCAGCCCAAGCCGACUUAAGCCUUGGCUGGACGGUGAUUAUUGGCGCAAGACCCUCGAAACGAAUGUGAAUGGUCCCUUGAACGGGCUUGAAGUUUUACUGCCGCUUCUUCUCUCUUCCAAAUCUCAGACCCCCAAAUCCAUCGUCGUGACUGGUUCCAAACAAGGAAUCACCAACCCACCCGGUGCUGGGAACCCAGCUUACAAUGCGUCCAAGGCGGCGAUCCGAAAUCUAACAGAGCAUCUCGCCUAUGAUCUCCGAUCUGAUCCAACAACUGCGCAUAUUUCGGUUCAUCUUCUUGUACCAGGGUGGACGUGGACAGGACUAAUGGGCAACAUUGGGCCAGUGAAUGAGGAUGAAAUCAAGAAGCCUUCCGGGGCCUGGUACCCAAGUCAAGUGGCAACAGAACUACUGAAGGGAUUGGAGGAAGGAUCGUUCUACAUUAUCUGUCCCGAUGGAGAAACAGACUAUGCCUUGGACCAGGCUCGUAUGAGAUGGGGCAGUGAUGAUGUUGUUGAGGGACGACCAGCAUUGUCUCGAUGGCACGAUGAAUGGAAGAGUCGCGCUGAAGAGGGUAUUCAAGCAGAGGCGAAAUCGCGGAGGGGAUGA